AUGAAUAUUAAUGAACGAUCACUAACAACAAUGUCUACAUUAAAUGCUCAGGGAUCACGUGGAACAUCAAAUCAAUCUGAUGAACAAACUGAGCCAAGCACAACAUUAAGUAUUUUUGCACUCGAUUAUAAAAAACAUGAAGAUCUAAAACAAAUGUUAGAUAGUAAUAAAGAUAAUUUAAAAUUAGAAGCUAUGCGUCGAAUUAUUGGUAUGAUUGCGAAAGGUAAAGAUGCUGCUGAUCUAUUUCCAGCUGUUGUUAAAAAUGUGGUUUCAAAAAAUAUGGAAAUUAAAAAAUUAGUUUACGUUUAUUUAAUGCGUUAUGCUGAAGAACAACAAGAUCUUGCUUUACUUUCAAUUGCUACAUUUCAACGAGCGUUAAAAGAUCCCAAUCAAUUAAUUCGUGCAAGUGCAUUACGUGUAUUAUCUAGUAUUCGUGUUCCAACAAUUGUAACAAUUAUGAUGUUAGCUAUUCGUGAUGGUGUUAGUGAUAUGUCACCUUAUGUUCGAAAAACAGCUGCUAAUGCAAUAGCAAAACUUUAUGCUUUGGAUCCUGAAUUGAAAGAUGAACUUGUUUUAAUUAUUGCUAAAUUACUUGCUGAUAAAACAAUUUUGGUUAAUGGUAGUGCUGUACAAGCAUUUGAACAUGUAUGUCCAGAGCGAAUUGAUUUAAUACAUCAAAAUUAUCGACGUUUAUGUAAUCUUUUGGUUGAUAUUGAUGAAUGGGGACAAGUUACAAUUUUAAAUAUGUUAACAAGAUAUGCACGUUCACAAUUUGUUGAUCCCAAUAAGAUAUUUGAAGAUGAAAAGAAAAGUUUUUAUGAAGAUGAAACAGAACAAAAUAUAAAUGAAGAUGAAGAUUCAUUAGAUAAAAGAACAUAUGUGAUGGAUAGUGAUCAUCGAUUAUUGUUGCGAUGUACUAAACCAUUAUUACAAAGUCGAAAUUCAGCUGUAUGUAUUGUUUUAUUGGAAAAUAAUUUUUAAUUUUUUGCAUAUAAAAGCUUUCGAGCGAAAUUAACUGUAAAACAUGAUGAAGCUCAAAGGCAAAUGUUUAGUUCUCCAUUGUAUUAGAUAUCGAAAUAAAGUGACAUCUAUAAGUAUCAUAGUUCAAUAUUUGGCGAAAAUUAAAUCAUAGAAUUAGUGACAAGCUAUUUGUCUGUGUAUUUUUUUUUUGUUUGUUUUUUGAUAUUAAAAUUUUAUCUCAUAAAUUGAACUGUUACUAGUAAACAUAUGUAGUGAAGCAUAAUUUUAAAAAUAACAUUUAGAAAAGAUAAAACAGAUAAAUAAAUAUUAAAAAAUGAAUAUUGAAAAUACUUAGAGACAAUCAAUUUCAUUGAUAUUCUGCAGAAGAUAUCAACACAAAUUUCUUUCUUGAUUCUAAUAUUAUAAGUGACAUAUUUGUCUGUCAGAUUCAUUGGAAAUGUUCUUAAUGUCAUUGUCAUUCUGUUGAGUUUUCACGAAAAAUGGAUCUCUCAGUAUUUUAAUGAUAAUUCUUUCAAUUCUCUAUAAAAUAGUAUAUUUUUUAUUAAUAUCAAUAACAUCCUUCUAACAAAAAAUUCAACAUGAACAAUUUUCUAAUACAACUUUUUGUCUCGUUUUAUUUCUUGAAUACAUGACAGUUCAAUACAGAGGUCCAACCAGGCCACGUUUUGAAGGCCUGGAACACUCUGUCAACUUUUUCAAGCAAAUAAAAUAAUGAUGACAGACUAGAAACCAGAGAUCUAAAGAGAGCA